AUGAGUUCAACUUUAUCUUAUUUGCGUAACCAGCAUCGAAACAGAAAAUUGAGUACUACCACCACCACAUCAUCUGAUACUACUACCAGUACCACAGUCACAACCACCCCAGAUUCAUUAUAUUACAAAUCUGAUAAUGUUAAUAUUCCUAGAUCUUGUUUAGUACCCCCACCAACAACAACCGUUUCCCCAGCAAUUGCAACUCCAACUUCAAUUACUAUGUUAUCUUCAUCAUCUUCAGCUUCAAGUAUAUUGAGUAAUGUUGCUCUCCCAAACUCUUCUUGGACACCUCAGGAAAGUCAUAUGGCUUCACUGCAGAAUCAGCAGCAACAGCAACAGCAACAGCAACCAGAACAACAAAAACCAUCAACUACUUCUUUAGCAUCACUAUUGUCUUCGUCGUCAUCCUCAGCACCACCCACAAGACGCACAAGUACUACUGUUGAUAACAAUGUCAUCGCUAGUGAUGGAAGUUAUAGAUUUGGUAAUGGUGGUAGUAUCAAAAAUAACACUAAUAGCAGAAAGAGCUCACGGUCAAGCACUUAUAGUAAUUGUCAUACUGCAUUCCAAGAUUUCCAAGAUGUUUGGUUAUUCAGAUUCAAUAAAGGCUUAAAGAGUUAUUUUGAAGAUAAUAAUAGUGGUGAUAUGGGAGAAGAUCAAGUGUUUGUUAUUAACACUGUUGCUCAACUUAAUCGAUUAUUAUAUUUCAAUUAUCAUCAAAAACUGGGGUUUGAUUAUGAAUAUUCGGAUACAUUAUUUCCUUAUUUACAUGGACUUAAUGAGCGAGAUCAACAAGUACAUUUUGUUAGAGAAGCUGGUAAAUCAGUUGAUAAAAUUAAUCAUCAGCUUGUAAAUUUAACUAUUAAUAAUUUCAUGUUUAUUAAUACCACGAAAAAUGAUAACAACAACAACAAAGAGAAUAUUCCAAAUUUAAUCAAUACUGUGAAUGUUGAAGAUCUAGUACCAUCAAAAUCUCGAUACUCAAGUAAUAAUGAUUAUGAAUAUUAUUAUUCUAGUAGUGGUAAUAAAGUCAAUUGUCGCAAUUUCGGCCAACAAAUUGAAUUAAUGGCACCAUUAUCUCAUAUGGUGGUUUAUAAUUACAAUACUUGUACUAAUAAAACCAAUAAUAAUACCCAAAAAUUAGUGAACAAGUUGUUGUCAUAUAUGAAAUCUUCUGGUAAUCGAUUUAUUUAUAUUAUUGACAUAGAGUGUGAACACCAAUAUUCCAAUCUGACAAAUUCUAAUUCUUGCGCGCCUUGGUGGCGGUCAAUAGAUCAAAGUUAUUUUGAUAAUGGCUCUGAUGAAUUGCAUUGGUAUAAUAAUGCCGUUGUUAAUCAAAUAAUCAAAUCUCCUACUCCUUACACUAAGAACAAUAAUGGUGACACCAGUCACAACAACAACAAUAAUAAUAAUAAUAAUAAUAAUAAUAAUAGUAACGAAGUUUUCAUUAGUCAAGGAGAUGGAUUUUUCAAUAAAUUCCAUCGAUUGGAACAAAAUUUAAUUUGGAAAAUGUAUGGUAAACAUUGGAUAUUAAAUAAUAAAGUAUGUGUUGGUAAUAUUCUUGAUUACCAACAAAUACAAGAUCAAAUAGAUAAUCAAUUCAAACUUGUGAUAUAUUGUGAAGAUUAUCAAAAUGAAGCAUGUUAUGAUAAAUUCCCCACAUUAUAUGACUUGCAAUGUAUUUGGCAAGAUUAUAUGCUGGGAAAUCAUAUUCAUCAUACGUAUAGAAUAACGAUCCCAUCAUUGGGUUUUAGAGAUAAUCAAUCAGUUGAUGAAUAUGAACUAAUAAUGAUCUUGAACAUCUUGAAAUUAAUUGAACGAAUUAGUCGAGUUAAUAAAGUAUUUAUUGGUUGUUAUGAUGGAUUCACUCAUUCUACUAAUUUAUUAGUAUUAGUAAUGCAAUUAUUGGGUAAAUUUAUCAUUGAAGAAUCAAUUUUCCAAUUAACAGAAACAGAAAAUGUCAAAUUAUUUUUUUCAAAUCCAGAUAUUAUUGGUGGUGAUUUACAAUUUUUACGAGAAUUGGAACCAUUUGUUGAUUAUUUGAACAAACAUUUAAUUCAAGAAUUCCCAACUAUCAUUGAUAUGAAUAAUUUAGAUUUAGAUUCAAUUCAUCGGUAUUAUUGUCUCAAUCCCAUUGCUAAACCUCCACUUUAUCAAGAUGAUUGGUUUGUUCCCAAGACUAAUAAUUCCAAACAUGAUAUAAAUUUACCAACGAGAAUUUUACCAAAUGUAUAUUUAGGAAGUUCAAAACAUGGUGGGUCAUUAACAAUAUUACAAGCUUAUAAAUUCACUCAUGUGAUUUCUAUUGAUGAAUUACCAACUUGGUGGCAUACUUUGAAGAAAUAUUAUAAAUUUGAUUUCCAAUUACAAGAAGAAGAAGCAGAAGAAGAAGAAGAAGAAGAAAAGGAAGAUAAAGGUAGAGGAAAAGUUAAAAAUAAUUGUAAAAUUAUUAAACCAAUUUAUACAUUUAAUAAUUCAAAAUCGAAAAUUUAUGAAUUUGAAUUUAAUCUGAAAAAUUUGAAAUCAAUACCUCAAGAAUUAUUAAACAAAUGGUCUUCUUCAUCAUCAUCAUCAUCAAUGGGGUUACCACAUAAGAAUUUCAAAUCAUUAAUUUAUAUUCAUGAUUUUAAAGAUGAUGGUAGAGAUUCAUUAAUGGAAUUAUUAAUUGAUGCACCACCAGCUAUCCAAGAUAAAAUAUUAUUAGGUUCAACAACCACCAAUAUCAAUAAUCCUUCCACCACCACCACCACCAACAACAACAACAACAAUUAUACUAAUAAAACUUUAGUUCAUUGUAAAAUUGGCGUUAGUAGAUCAGCAACAUUAAUAAUUGCUCAUUUAAUGAAAACUUAUCGUCUUGGAUUUUUACAAUCAUAUUUCAUUGUUAGAGUUCAACGAUUUAAUAUAAUUAUUCAACCAAAUUUGAAAUUAUUUUAUGAAUUAUAUUUAUUUGAUCAAUGGUUAGGAUUAAAAGAUUUUUAUAUUAAUCAUCAAUUUAAAUAUUAUAAUUGGGAAAUCAUUUGUUGUUUAAUUAAUCAAUUAAAUCAAAUUUAUAUCAAUCCAAAAUCAAUAACCUUUCCUUCGUCAUAA